AUGGGUGUCGCGUACCCCUGGGCCGCCACCAGACAAGGCGGCGCACGUGGUGGCGGCCACGGCGGCGGAGGCUGGGCUGGUGACAGCUGGGCGGGCGGCGGGUGGAACGCGUGGAGGCAGGCCGAUGGCGCCUGGGCCGCGGACGGCGCCUGGGCCGCUGCAGACGGCGCGGGCCGCGCUUGGGCCGCGGGCGGCGGCGGACACGCCGCCUGGGCCGGCGGCACGGACGCGGCGGGCGGCGGCACCGGCGAGGAGGAGGGUGGCGCGUGGGCCGCGGGCGGCGGAGCUGGCGGCGCCUCGGGCGCUGCCCUGGCCGCGGGCGGGUCAGGCAGCGGCUGGGGCGGCGUUUCGGCCGACAGCGGCGCGUGGGCCGCAAGGCCGUCGGCAGAGCCAGAGGGCAGGCCGCCCGCCGAGGCGGCGCAGCAGGCGGCGCCGCGGUCGUCAGGGUGGGCACCGCAGCUGCGGCCUCGGCCGUCGACGGGGCUCGCCACGGGCGCAGGCGCGGCCGCGCACAGCAUCGAGGAGGAGGCGUUCGACUGCUGA